ACUCCCUCUACAUGUAUCCUAUGCCAGAUUGCAUGUGCAAGAAAUCCGAUGCCCGAAUUGGAUAUGGCGGGAAUGCAACGAGAACUGCCUAGCUAAUUUCAUGGAACAUAAAAGAGGAGAGGAAGAAGAAGAAAAAGAAGAAGGGUCUGGUGGUGUUUUCUUAUUAAUUGAGUUAGAAGAAGAAGGAGAAGAAGACGACGACGACAUGGGAAGGUCUCCUUGCUGUGAAAAAGCCCACACCAACAAAGGCGCCUGGACUAAGGAAGAAGACCAACGCCUCAUCGAUUACAUCCGCGCCCAUGGCGAAGGCUGCUGGCGUUCCCUCCCCAAAGCCGCAGGAUUGCUCAGGUGCGGAAAGAGCUGCAGAUUGAGGUGGAUAAAUUAUCUGAGACCUGAUCUCAAAAGAGGCAAUUUCUCUGAAGAAGAAGAUGAAAUCAUCAUCAAGCUUCACAGCCUGCUUGGAAACAAAUGGUCUUUGAUUGCCGGAAGAUUGCCCGGAAGAACCGACAAUGAAAUCAAGAACUACUGGAACACGCACAUCAAGCGCAAGCUUGUCAGCCGCGGCAUCGACCCUCAAACCCACCGCCCGCUCAACGCCACCGCCGCCGCCAAGACUACCCUGGACUUCAGACAUUCAAAAGAAGCCUCACCACUGAACCACCCACCCACCACCAACUUCCCCAUUCCCGCAACGGAUAACUCAUCAUCGGCCGACGAUGCCAAAUGCAGCAGCAGCACAACCCAAGACUCCUACGCGCCGCCGAAGGAGGAGGCUGCCGCCGCCUCCGCCGCACUUUCACUUGACUUGGAGCUCUCCAUAGGUCUGCCUUCUCAGUCCAAGUAUACACAUGGCGUCUCCUUUAGUCUGGGGUCUUCCGAUGAGUCUAAACCAUUCUUCGAACUCUUCUCUCCGUCGCCGUCGACGGCGCAGCGCCGCCGCCGGGAGCCAUUUGGUCGUGUUGGCAAUUGGCAGUCCGAAGGUUCAGUUGUGUAGCCAUAGAAAUUUUUAAAUUUGGUUCGAUCAGAUUGGAAUUAAUUAAUUAAUGCAUCUUUUACUGUAAUCAUAUCAUAUGUUUUAAUUAAUACAACCAUUUUGAGUUAAAUUUGAAUUUGAAACCAUUGUUUCUUCCAAUUGUAAUUGUAGCC